AUGGGUGGCGAAUCCAAGGCUGUGUCGUGGCACGACAACUCGUACAAGAAGAAGCAGAAGACGGGCUCUUCCGCCAAUCAACAAGGAAAGACGACUCCAACCUCGACUGAAAACGAGAACAACUCUGACGAGAACGCUGAAAUCACGGACCCCAGCACCGUCAACCUCAAAGCCAACGUCUUCACCAAGGUCGCCAACACCUUCACGCUGCUCUUCAACAAGGACAGCAGCCGCUACGACCGCCGCCCCGAGGCUCCCGUCGGAUGGACCACCACGGGCGAGCUGGGCUGCCUGCGCGCCGAGCAGGAUGCGCAGUACGAGCUCAUGGAGGAGCUGGAGUCGAAGAUUGAGCAGCUGAAGAAGGAGGUUGAGCAGCAGAAGGUGCUUAUCAAAGCGUACGAGACGAGGGUCGGCCAGAACGAGGAGUAUCUGCAGCACUGCAUGCAUUGGAUCAGCAUGGCCCAGAUCUUUGGUGACGUGCCUGUUUCCAAGGAGAGGAUGAACUGGAAGGCUGGUCGAGACGCGGCGCUAGUUGGGCCCGCUGAGGAUGGUGAUGAUGAUGAUGAUGAUGGCGAUGAUGACGAUGCUGGCGGUCGUGACGGAAGAAUUGUUGAGGGUAUCAACGGUGCCAAGGAAAUCAAAGAUAUCAACGAUACCAGAGAUGCCCAGGAUGGAAGGGCUGCCAAGGAUGCCAACGUCUUCAAGUGCAUUCACGCAGACAAGGCCGUCUAG